UAGAGACAGGGUACUCCCCUGCUGGUCCUGUGCGCCCAUGUCACAGUAUCCGUGGGGGUGUCGGGGAAGGGUUUGCGGUUACUGGGCGGGAGGAAUGCGUUGUGCGUCUCCACAGGGGAAUUCCGUCUGCUGACACAGAGCUGGGUGCUUAGCGGACGUGCUCUGUGUGGACGGCAGGUUCAGAGGAGGUCGUUGGCCUUUCCUGGCUUUUCAGGGCAUCUCACUCCUGCUCAGCCUCAGUCCCUUUUCAGUGGAGUUUUGUUUGUGGAAUAAUGAGCCCCCAGCUCCGCUUACGUUUCUGUCCUUGCAAACAGGCUCCAGAAUGGGCCCCGGAGUCAAAGCGCCCGAUGCCGUUCCAAUCCCGCUCUGACCCCAGACAGACGUCUGAGAGAGAGAGCCGGCUGCAACCGGCAAGGCUUUCCAUGUGGCCCGCAGUAGCUGCAAUCCAAGCUGUGGACAGGACGGUGGAGUCCCAUGCCACGCGGUUGCUAACUCUGGAGAGGAGAGUGGGAACAGCGGAGAAGAAAUUAGUCAAUUGUGAGAAAACAAUGAUGCAAUUUGAAAGCCAGCUGGAGAGUAAGUGGUCGGCGCUGGGAACUCUGAUCCAGGGGUACGGACGGCUGCAGAGGAGGCUGGAGAACAUGGAGAACCUGCUGAAGAACAGGAACUUCUGGAUCCUGAGACUCCCCCCAGGCAGUAGGGGAGAGGUCCCCAAGGUGCCGGUGACGUUCGACGACGUCGCCGUCUAUUUCAACGAGCCGGAGUGGGGGAGCUUAGAGGAAUGGCAGAAGGAGCUUUACAAGAACAUGAUGAAGGGGAAUUAUGAGGCCCUGAUCUCCCUGGAUUACGCCAUUUCCAAACCUGACCUUCUGUCCCGGAUUGAACGAGGGGAGGAGCCGUGUGUGGGGGAUCAGGGUUGUUCAGAGGAGAGCGAGAUCCCUGCAGACUGCAGCCCAGAAUCCCCCGUCUCUGCACCAGACAUUUCAUUGUGGAUUAACCAGGAGGAGGAUCCGGGCUGCGGGGACCAAAGGGACUCUGGGGAAAACGAAAUCAGUGGAAGCCCCUGCUCUGAGGUUCAGGUUGUUCCCCCCGAUGCCUCGUCCUGGAUUAAACGAGAGGAAGAGCCCUGUGCGCAGGAUCAGCCGGUCUGUGGAGAAGGCAGAACCCCUGCAGGCCCCAGCCCUGAAUCUCCUGCUCCUGCGCCUGCCCGUUCCCCCUGGGUUAAGCCGGAGCCGGAGCUGGAGCUGUGUGCUGGGACUCAGCCGGCUUUGGAGCAAAGGGGGCUCCCUGGAGAGCCCAGCGCAGGUGACGAGAUCCUGCUCCAACUUGCAGAGGAGCAUCGUGCGGAGGAGCGGGGCGAGGGCCCAGGACCCCCCAGGGCGGUUUGUGCAACGUCCAAAGGGACCAUGGUCCAGAGCCCCCGCGAGGGCCCUGCGGCUCAGCGGAGAAGCGUCCUGGGGAGGUCGGCUCAGGGCAAGAGGGGUACUGGGGAGCUCACAGCAGCCGGGGGCCAACAGAGAACCGUGGGGGGUGAGGGGCCCGGCCCCUGUGCCGAGCGUGGGAAGUGCUCGGGGCAGAAGCAGUCACUGCUAAGCCCCCAGAAGAGCCUGUUGGCGGAGAAGCCUGCCAAGUGCAGGGAGUGUGGCAAGAGCGUCGGCCGGAUUCAGUGCUGCCUCCAGCACCAGCACAUGCCCCCGGGCAAGCUGCCCUUCACCUGCGCCGAGUGCCGGAAGCGCUUCCGUAAGAAGCGACCCCUGCUCUUCCCCCACGAGCCGCACGAGGCCGAACAGCCCUUCUCCUGCCCCGCCUGCGGCAAGGCCUUCAGCCAGCGGGACACGCUCCUGGCUCACCAGAAGACCCACCUCUGAGAGCACAAAUCCAUGUGCGCUGCCUGUGGCCAGGGCUUUGCCCCCGAGGAGUAAAUGCAGCACCAGUGGGUGCACGCCAUGGGAGGCUGCCCCACCAGUGCAGGAGGUGCUUCGCCCACCUAGCCAUGCACCAGUGGGUCCCUCCAAGGGUACUCAGUGUGGGUGGGGCAUUGCCCACCAGGACAGGCCGGCAGAGCACCAGAGGACUCGUCUCCUGCACGAGGCUGCCGAGGGCACCGCGGGGCUGGCAGCAGGGAGCCAGGGCCUCUCAGGCUGCAGUGGCCUGAGCUGGGCUUGGUGAGCCAACCCCCUACUGUGCCCAUGUGACAUGUUACAUCCCACCCAUGUGCCAGCCGGGCCUGGGCCAGGCGAGGCAGAGACCCUCUAGGAAUAGAGUCCCUGGGGAGGGGUUUGCUGCCCACCCGAGCCCUGCAGAGAAACCAUCUGUGCAGAGUGCGGGGACAGGGCUUCCCCCAGCUCUGGGGGGACGCGUCGUGUCAGAGCACUGCCGGGGCCAGCACCCCCUGGGAGGAGCAGCCACCGCUCCUGGGCACGGGGAAGGUUAAACGGACACUGAGAAUCCAGGCAGGAGGCGUCGCUCGCUGUGGGAACAGCCUUGGUUGCACCCCACGAGCCAGCUGGGCCGGUGCAUUCGGGUCCCUUUGCGCCCCCCUGUGUUCGGGCGGCACAAAAGGAGCAGAAAGCAGCCAGGUCGGGCUAGCUGAGAAUCCCUGGGCACAGGGGAGCUCUCACCUUGUGCACCUGGCUCCCAUGGGACCUUGGCCACCCAAACCUGUACAGGGGCCUCGGCCAAAGUGCCUGGUGCUCCAGCUCUCUCCACUCUGCCCUGAGUCCUCCACACCUCUGCCUGUCCCCCGGGCUGGGGAUUUGGGGCAUGUGGAUGCCAGGUUAACCAGGGCUGGACAGUGACCGUGUCCGUCCCCAGAGCAGGUCCAGCAUGUAUGGUGACCACACCAGCGCCCCCAACAGGCCCUUCUCUUCUGGGGUGGCUGGGCUGCUCCUAACCACAGAAACUCCAGUGAGGAUCUGGGUCUCACGCUCUGCCUGUUGGUAACUGGACGAUCUGACCAAUGGGCUCCAACGACGUCUGAUAACGUCGCUUGGCCAGGUCCCUUGUGACCAGUCCUCCCCGUUCCCAGCUAAUUGGCUGCUCUGAUGUCAUUGAGACACAAGAUCACAGACUGGAGAACAACCACCAAGUGCGGCAAAAACUCCUGGUAUGAGCAUCUCCCCAUUACCUGCUGAGAGUCACAGCAGGACAUGCUCCUUCUUGGGGACAGGCCCUGGGUCUGCAGCAGGGACUCAAACCUGGGCUCCUCUGUUCUGAAGCAGAACAGGUCGCUCAGCCGUUCUUCGAUAUUUCUACCCUCAAACCAGCUGUUACCGACUUGGAAACAGCCCAGGAAUUUAACUCUUGGCGCUGGAAAGACUCAGAGGGCGUAGUUAUCCGCUGCCUUGCACCCUAUGCAGUCUUUUCCCCCAUGCAAAGUGGGUGCAGAACGCUUCCAGAUCAGCUUGCUGCAGCCUCUCCCUCUGGGCCAGCGUCACUGAGCAGAGGGUGCAAGGCAUGGGGGACACAGGCCCUGAGUUGCACUCAUGGACGGUUCUCCAGCGAGGACAGCUAGGUUGGGAUUUUCAGAACAGCCUUUGGGAAUUAGGUGCCUAAAUUCCAUUCAGAGUCAAUGGGAGCUGGACACCAGGCUCCCUUUAGGUGCCUUCAGAAAAUCCCAGCUGGAGCCUUGGAGCUUAACUCCUCUCUAGAACGUUGUUUGGAUUGAGAUAAAUCCUUGAUGCUGCUGGUUCUAGUCCACGUUCCUGCCUGCUCAGGGGAAGUGGAAACGUACACAGUGAAAUGUCAGAAUAAGCUGGGGGGAGGAAUUACUUUCAAAAUGCUGCAUUUGGCGGCUGCCUGUCUUCUCUGAUCUCCCCAGCUCAGCCUGUUACCAGCCUUGUGUGGGCUUCUCCUUUUCUGCCUUGGCUCACAUGUCGAGGUGUUUAUUUUGCAUCACAGAUCUGGGCUGCUGAAGUUUUUCUUUAGUUCCAAUUGAGAGGUGAACUGACACUCUAACACCUAAAAUACACUGGGGUUUCCUUUUCAGGAGGGGCCAGGGGAAGAGAAUCCCCUUCCCAUGAUUUCCAGGGUCAAAGGGCUGCUGUAAACCUGUCUGCUCCAAAAACAUGUAAAGAGCAGCUUGGUAGAAAUGGAGUUUUUCUAAAGUCUGUAAAUAAAAUUGUAAAAGCUAA